AUGCCUGCCCCUGCAUCGGGCAGGGUCGCGCCGGAAUCUGCCCAACAACCUACGCCGGCACCCGGUUCGAGCUCAGAAGGGGGGUGA